GUGCCCAUGUUCUAUGAGCGCCGGGAGGUCAUAGAGAAGCCCGUUCAGCUUAACGUAGUCGAGCGUGGAGCCGUGGGACGUCUUGGUCGGAUUCUAGUGCCCUGGGGCUACUGGGGCGAGGACAUGCUGAUCCGCAUGGCCAUGCUCCGCCAGGAUAGCUCAGCCAUGGCUCUCACCUACACA